AUGUCUACAGAGGUACUACAAACUGAGCAGCUGUAUGGAAAUUACCAUUUGGGGAAGGUUUCAGAUGUCAUAAAGACAUACAGAAUCUAUGGGCAGUCUACAGGCUUCAAAAGAGUCACUUUGAGGGUGAAAAGGGAUGCAACCAUGUGCACAGAGGCAUUUUGGGACCACAGUGCAGGAGAUACAGUGCCACUAAGGAGCCUGUGGCUGAGAUCCAAACUCAGCUCAAAACCUCGGCAGCCUGCCCGAUUAGGGCAGAAAAGGGGCUUGUUGCACCAAUCAGAGCAGCUCGGCAUCCCUUUCGUGCCGUUCGGAGGUGCAACCGUGCCAAAUUUCCGCAUGGAUGCACCUCCGAACGGCAUCUGGGCGCUUGAUGGGCGCUUAACCCAGGAAAAAGCGUAA